CAUCCGGGUUCCUCGAGCGGCGCGGGGAAACCUUCCGCGUUUUCUGGUAACCAUAGCAACGAGCGGCUUGCCGGGCCUGGUUGAGAAACUGAGGAGCCAUGGCGGAGGUGGCCGUACGACCGCCUGCAUCCUUCCCAGCAUCCAAAGAACCUCCAAGAGCUCGCUCAGCAAGAGUGCCAGAACUGCGCAGUCUGGAGAGCAGGAAUUGGCUGAUCCACUUGUACUACAUUCGCAAAGACUAUGAUUCGUGUAAGAUUCUUAUAAAAGAGCAGCUCCAAGAGACCCGUGGGAUAUGUGAAUAUGCAGUCUAUGUUCAAGCUUUGAUAUUUCGCUUGGAAGGGAAGAUUCAUGAAUCACUUGAGCUUUUCCAGACUUGUGCUAUUCUUACGCCCCGGAGUGCAGACAACCUCAAGCAGGUGGCGCGAUCGCUGUUUCUUUUGGGAAAACACAAAGCAGCCAUUGAAGUGUACAACGAUGCGGCCCAAUUCAACGAGAAGGACUGGGAGAUCUGCCACAACUUGGGUGUCUGCUACAUGCACCUGAAGCAUUUCAACAAGGCAAAAGAUCAGCUAAAUAAUGCCCUGGAGCUCAACCGACAUGACCUGACGUACAUGAUGCUGGGGAAGAUCCACCUGUUGGAGGGGCAGACGGACAAAGCCAUUGAAGUCUAUAAGAAAGCAGUGGAGUUCUCUCCGGAAAACACAGAGCUCCUUACAACUCUGGGCUUGCUCUACCUGGAGCUCGAGGUUCAUCAGAAAGCCUUUGAGUAUCUUGGGAAUGCACUCACGUAUGACCCCAGCAACUAUAAGGCCAUCUUGGCAGCUGGCAGCAUGAUGCAGACACAUGGAGACUUUGACGUAGCCCUCACCAAGUACCGAGUGGUCGCUUGUGCUGUUCCUGAAAGCCCCCCGCUCUGGAACAACAUUGGAAUGUGCUUCUUCGGCAAAAAGAAAUAUGUGGCGGCCAUCAGCUGCCUGAAACGAGCAAACUACCUUGCUCCCUUUGACUGGAAGAUUCUGUACAACCUUGGCCUCGUCCAUCUGACAAUGCAGCAGUAUGCCUCUGCGUUCCACUUCAUCAGUGCUGCCAUCCAUCUCCAGCCAAAGUUGGCAGAACUCUACAUGUUGCUAGCAGUUGCUUUGACAAAUCUUGAAGAUUUAGAGAAUGCCAAACUCGCCUAUCAGAAAGCUUCAGCGCUGGACACGUUCAGCCCGCUGAUAAAUCUGAACUAUGCAAGCCUGCUCUACAAUCAGGGGGAUAAGAAGGGGGCUGUUCUCCAGUACCAUGAGAUGAAAAGAAAGGUUCAUGCAUUAGUGGAUAGCACACUGGAGUUUGACCCUGAGAUGGUGGAUGUAGCUCAGAGACUAGGUGCUGCCUUGCAACUGGGAGAGGUUGCAGUCUGGGCUAAACCUGCUAAAGAUUCCAAAUCAAAGCAGCGAGCAACUGCAUCUAGCAAAUCCUCUAGCGCACAGCCUUUGGGCUCUAACCAAGCCCUGGGACAGGCUAUGUCUUCUGCAGCUGGAUAUGCCAAGACCAUGAUUCCAGGUACUGGAACUCAGCUGGCAAAGCCAUUGGAGCCUAAGACUGCCUCUGAUCCAGAGAAAUCUGCAUCUGCUGAAGGGCAGGAGCCACCUAUGGAACAAGAAAAGGAAACCUGAAGGGACUACUAGGACAGCUUGUAGAGCUGCAGAACUUGCCCUGCUAGUGAGGAGCAAGAUGUGUAAAGUUAGUAUCACCCAAGCCUUGCUCCAGCAAGGGGUUCUCCCUCCAUCCUUGAGCCAGCAGGAUGCUUGGGAACUGUUUAAAAUCUACUUUCUUCAGUAUUCCAAAUUAAAAGGAUUAUGAAAGAUGCCCUCAACAGCAAAUGAAAUUUGGGAGUAGUCCUGGAAAAAGUUAGCUCUUAGCAGCAAGAGAAGUUGGGUUUUACAAGUUACUGACAGAAAAACACACAAUUGUGAAGAGAUGCCGUAAAAAUGGAGACUGCAGCAUUCCUUGUGCUUUUGUCUUGCCCUCUCCUAACAUAUCUGUACCGAUAGUAGCCAGUGGUUAACUACUUAAGGGCGGCCUGAAGCAUCUGCUACUGUACUCUCUCAAACUAAGUUCUCCGAGGUUGUCAAAUUUUGAAUGGAUUAAGCUAUUGCUUUAGGAUCCCAGAAGGAUCAAGCAGACCAAUGACCAGCAAAUAUCUUCCUUCUCCUAUCACUGAAUGAUGGUAUUUAUCACUACAGCCAAUUUGGCUGAAUUACUUUAUAUAUAGGGGGAGGUUUUUAAAAGAUGUAAAUAGAAAUAUUUAAUAAAAGGAUUGAAACGCUUCUAUUUAA